AUGCAGUACUUGCUCCAAGUUGCGGUACGUAGAACUUUGCCAAAGAAUGUGGCUAUCGCUUUGAUCAGACUUGGUUCAUUCUUUAAGGCUGUUUGUCGAAAGGUGAUAAUCUUGAGCGAAUUAGAUCACUUGCAAACUGAGAUUGUUGAGACAUUGUGCCAAUUAGAACGUAUAUUUCCACCUAGCUUCUUUGAUAUAAUGGUUCAUCUACCUAUUCACUUGGUGGAAGAGAUUAGACUUGGCGGGCCUGUGCAAACUCGAUGGAUGUACCCGAUCGAGAGAUUUUUGGGUGUUUUGAAAGACUAUGUAAAAAAUAGAAGUCAACCAGAGGCAUGCAUAGCUGAAGUGUAUCUAGCUAAUGAAUGUUUAUCAUUCUGCUCAAGGUAUUUGAGUGAGGAUGGUGAUACAAGAUUCACUCGACCUUCAAGAAAUCACGAAGAGAUGGGUGUGGAGGAAAAUGGAAAAGUUAUAUUCCCAAUUAAUGGUCGGCCAAUUGUAUAA